UUGCAUUUGUACCUAGUGUCUCGGAUUGGAAAUGCAGACAGGGUAGUUUCGAGGAAGUGACGGACGACGCUCACAGGAAUGGUCAGAGGAAGUUUGCCUAGUGCUGGUGCUGAACGAAACUUUUCCCCUUGAGCGCCAGCACUGUGGAUCGGGGAAUCCUGGGGAAUAGCGCAGCUGCUGGACGGACGGAUCCAGCGGCGAAGGAAGGGGACCCUUUUGUUUCCUUGCCACAUUGCGAGUGGGGAGUCCGCCUCAACAUUGGAAGAAGGGGAUCGCGAAGGAAUUUCGCUCCCGUGUCCAAACCCCCCUCUCCUUUUCCCCGCUCCUCCGAUCCCCCCUGUCUUUUUCUUUUCUUUUCUUUUAUUUCUCGGAUCCGUCAUGGGGAAAGAGCAAGAACUCCUUGAGGCGGCGCGCACGGGGAAUCUGGCCGCCGUGGAGAAGCUUUUAUCUGGGAAGCGACAAUCUGCGGGAACCGGUAGUGGAUCUUCUGGGACAGGGGGAAGUGGCAACAGCGGCGGCCACGGUGCCUCCUCUCACCCGCUCUCCAGUCUGCUCAGCAUCUGGAGAGGUCCCAAUGUGAAUUGUGUGGACAGCACUGGAUACACCCCCCUCCACCAUGCUGCCCUGAAUGGACACAGUGAGGUGGUGGAGCUGCUGCUACGUAACGAGGCCUUGACCAACAUCGCUGACAACAAGGGCUGCUACCCCCUCCACCUGGCGGCAUGGAAGGGAGACCAACGCAUCGUCAAACUGCUCAUUCACCAAGGACCGUCACACCCCAAACUCAACGAGCAGAGCUCUGUAGACCAUAAAGAGUUCAAACGCUGUGGGCCCUUUGACCCCUAUAUUAAUGCCAAGAACAAUGACAACGAGACGCCACUGCACUGUGCUGCCCAGUAUGGCCACUCCGAGGUGGUGCGGCUGUUGCUGGAGGAGCUGACUGACCCCACCAUGAGGAACAACAAGUUUGAGACGCCGCUGGACCUGGCUGCGCUCUACGGGCGCCUGGAGGUGGUCAAGCUUCUGCUCACCGCCCACCCCAACCUGCUCAGCUGUAACACCAAGAAACACACACCGCUGCACUUGGCCUCGCGUAACGGUCACCUGUGUGUGGUGGAGGUGCUGCUGGACGCUGGAAUGGACAUCAACUAUGAGACGGAGAAAGGCAGUGCACUCCACGAAGCAGCUCUGUUUGGGAAGACCGACGUGGUACAGAAACUUCUCAGUGCAGGUGUUGAUGUGAACAUGGUUGACUACAAGGGCCUGACAGCGCUGGACACUGUGAAGGACAUGCCGUCCCAGAAGAGCAGGGAGAUCGCUGCUCUCAUCCAAGGUCACAUGACUGGAAAACCACCCGAUAUAGACCUUCCCCCUCCACCGAUCCCUCCUCCUCAGGAGAGUCCCAGCCCACGGAAAAAAGGUGAUCUGGAGAGGGUGAGUGAGCUGAUCUCUGGGCUGGCCCCAGGACCUGAAGAGGAAAGCCCGUAUGAGGCUCUGUUUGAAGCCACCUCUUGCCACUCUCUGGACAGCCUGACCAGUGGAAAAUCCUCAGACAGGGACUCUGGGCGACCAGAUAGUGAAGCUGGCAAGAAAGAGCGCCUGGUUCACCCGUCACAUCCUGGCCCUGGCCAUGAAGAAGAGGUGAGCUCAGAGGCCCUAUAUACUAAUAGCAGUAUUGAUGAGAGAGGGGAGCCGGCGGAGGAGGAGGAGGAUCACACAUAUGAGUUGCUGCUGACUGCACAGACCAAAGUCCCCCCGCCCAGCCACGACUCCCAAUCCCAUAAAGAUGAGAACACCACAGUCCAGUCUUCCAACAGUGUCCUACCUCAGCGUAAGCCCACUGCCCCGAAUGACCUCAGACCACCAGGCAGGACGAAAGACACUCUACAGCCCCCUGGACCUGGAUGGGCGGGCCCACAGGGAGCAGGAGAAAACUCACAGCUCAGCCAGGACUUGGGCGCAGGUGUCCCAGAGCAGUUCACCGGCCUGCUACACGGAUCCUCCCCUGUCUUCGACUGUCGCGAGGAACCCUUCAGGCUACCAGGGGUGCUGCCGGCCAGCUGGGGCCAUCCUGAGUCGAAAGGAGCAACCAAAGUAAAAGAAGCAGCAGCAGCAGCAGCAGCACCACCACCACCCAGCCGUCCCAAAAUGGCCACUAUCCUGACAGACUGUGACCCCAAAGCAAUUUAUGCGACUGUGAGCAAGGAGCCAAGGGAGCCAAGGGAGCCAAGGGACCCCGGGGCUGGAGCAGCGUCUGCUGGUAGGAUGCGCCCCCCCGGGGACCUGAAGCUGGCACGCAGCCUCUCCAAGUCGGACUCUGACCUGCUCGUGUCGCCGCCUAGCGAGGAGGAAGGAGGUUUGGGCAGCCGCAGCGAGUCUGUUUCUAACUGUAGCACUGGCAAGAAGAGGCUUGAGAAGUCUCCCUCUUUCACCUCAGAAUGGGAUGAGCAGACAUCGACGACUCCUCCCACCACAAAAUCCCGAAGGGCUAAUUCCUUUGACAGCAUCGAGAAGAUCAUGACACUGAUUGGUGCUGGCAUCGAUUUUUCCAGAGAUCAGCAGUAUGCAACACCAGGUGCUGCAGGCCGGCUGCUGGACCAGCCCGUUGGAGACUGGCUGGAGCAUGUGGGGCUGCCGCAGUACGAGAGCAAGCUGCUGCUCAACGGCUUUGACGACCUGCACUACAUGGGUAGCAAUGUGAUGGAGGACCAGGACCUGAGAGAGAUCGGGAUCACAGACCCAAGCCACAGAAGGAAGAUCCUGCAUGCAGCACGUUCCUUACCAAAGGUGAAAGCCCUAGGCUGUGAUGGAAGCAACUCCCUGUCCUCCUGGCUGGACAUCCUGGGCCUGCAGGAGUACCUGCACAACUUCCUGGCCAGCGGCUACCGCACUCUGGACUGUGUCAAGAACCUGUGGGAACUGGAGAUUGUCAAUGUGCUAAAGAUCACCCUGCUUGGACACAGGAAACGCAUCAUUGCCUCUUUAGCAGAGAGGCCCUAUGAGGAACCUCCUGUCAAGCCUCCUCGCUUGUCCCAGAUCAGGUGCCAAGACCUGCCUGGAUCCCAGACUUCCUCCCCCCUCAGUCAUAUGGAGUCCUACACGGGACGCUCCAUGGACCCUCUGCUGCCGCUGGGAGAGCCGGGGAAGAAGAAGGUGCCGGAUACCGACUAUGACAUUACCCAAAGAGUCCACAGUGAACGACACAGAUCUCAUGAACGGUAUGAAGAACGACAUAGAGAGCCUCGUCUGACCCUGCGGCCGCCCAGCCUGGCAGCACCGUACGCCCCCGUCCAGAACUGGCAUCACCAACCUGAGAAACUCAUCUUUGAAUCUUGCGGCUAUGAGGCCAACUACCUUGGCUCGAUGCUUAUCAAGGAUCUACGGGGCACUGAGUCCACCCAAGAUGCCUGUGCCAAAAUGAGGAGGUCGACAGAGCAGAUGAGAAAAGUCCCGACCAUCGUCCUCUCCAUCACCUACAAGGGUGUGAAGUUCAUUGAUGCGGCCAAUAAGAACAUCAUUGCAGAACAUGAGAUCCGUAACAUCUCGUGUGCAGCCCAGGACCCAGAGGAUUUGUGUACAUUUGCAUACAUCACCAAGGAUCUGCAGACUAGCCACCACUACUGCCACGUGUUCAGCACAGUAGACGUGAACCUGACCUAUGAGAUUAUAUUGACACUGGGGCAGGCCUUUGAAGUGGCCUAUCAGCUGGCUCUCCAGGCCCAGAGGACCAAACAGCACCAGAACCUCCCAGUGGGACCCGGUUCAGAAGUCAUUGAGACCAAGGCUAGCCGACCCGUACCCAAACCACGGGGCAGCGUACGGAAGUCAGCGGGAGACCCUGUGGAGCAGGAGGGCGACUCUCAGUCACAGGGCAGCGCCACAUGGCUCGUGGAUCCCAAGGACUCCAAGCGCACUAUUAGCACUAACUGAACACUGUGGCCACUCCCAGCCAGUAUGAAUGGACAGGGAUGACCCCGUGUUGCAUGGUGGGUAGGAUCAAAUGUUUUGUUGGAAGAGCAGCCCACUUUCCAUGCGGCAGAUUACAUCACCACUUAGGUUGUGCUCGCAGCACACCGCAGUAUAGACCAGGAGGGCACGGGCCUGGAGACAGACAGACAGACUUGGGGCCUCUACCUCUCCUGCAUCACUUCUGGCAUCGACUUCUUCAUCAGUCCACACACACCUUCCAUUCAGCGUCGUCUCCAUCAGAAAAACAUCAUCACGGAUGCUCCAUGCAGAUGUUGUGCUUUUGGUAGAUUUACAAACGAGUCCAGUGUGUGCGUGUGUUAUGCUACUGUGUAUCCAUUCCACGAGAAAUUAAUUGUUGCCUCUCAACAGCUAUUAGUCAGACAGGCCUUUCCCAUCCCUAUUUCCUCAUUGAGGGCUAUGCUAACUAAUGUUUACUCUUUCAGGAAAUUGACCUGCAGUUCUCAAAGCAGAGUCAGUAGUUAAUGGGAAAGUCACAGAGAUAAUGGGACUUUGGGUUUGUUUUCCUGGUAUGAGACACUCACAAGGGUACGAUUGGGCAGGAAACAAAGAACACAGUGUGAGACAGAGAGCUCAUGCUGCGGGUACUGUCCCUGCCGGCUUAAUUGUCCAGCGUCCAAACACCUCUUCAUCACCAUCGUCUUCUCACCCACAACAUUAAAACUGUGAUAAUCAAUAUAAUCUUGCAUGGGAGGGAUUCUCUAAUCAGAUUCAAAGGACUGAAGGCGGAGGAACUGACACUACUACUGUUUUUUUUAAUAUAACAGGGGGAUGGCUUUUAUUUUAUUUGAAAGAUGAUUUUUUUCGUAUGUUUUUAAUUGUUUUAUAGGACAGUGAUGUGUCCUAAAUGCUGUAACUGGAUCAAAUGUGUUAAAGUUCUCUUUUUUUCCCCAGCUCCUUUGUUCAGUUAAUCUUGGCCAAUUUAUUUGCCAAACCUGCCAUGCAGGCUGGUCAUUAUUUAGAUUAUAGGAGACAGCAUGUUUCUCCUGUCUAACUCCCAGUUUGUUGACUGUUAUCGGUACUCUGUAGUCAGCUGAUGUGUGUAUGGGUACAUAGUCAGGUCAUUAUGACUAAACUAUUGUUUAUGUGGUACGUUGUCAGGCCAGUACGGUAACUCUAUGGUACACUGUCUUCAGCUAGUUGGUGUCGGCACCUUCAACCAUCAGCCUGGUCCCAUUCAGCUUUUGCACAUUGCCAAGGAUCAGGAGAGGUAUUUCGGGACUAAUCUGGUGAUAAAGAUAAUGACUAUGAUCAGAAUGAUAUUGUAUAUGAAUCUAGCGGUCUGUAUUUUGAUACUUGAAUGAUUUUGCUUUUAUAGAUAUCUAUAUAUAUGUAUAUGUAUGUAUGUACGUAUGUAAUUUUUUUUGACACAUUUGUCAAAAGAGAGAAAAGGACUAUGUCUUAUAAAGUUAAACAUAUCAUGAAUAAAUACCCUGUGAUUGAAAAAAAAAAGAGAGAGACUGAGAAAACAAUGGCUCAGAAGAGGGACCUCACUUCAGAAAAAAAGAUUGUAAAUAAUCUUGGGCUUCCAGUCUUUUUUAUGAUUAUUAUUUUUCAUAAUUGUACAACUAAUAAAUGGCGCAAAUC